AUAGGGCUUACCAACUUGAUUGACAAGCAUUAAGAAGGCAUAUGAACCAGUAUCAAGCCAUCCAAUUCAAGUGGGAAGCGCUUUAGCUUAUCUUGUUAUCCUAUGCGUGUAGGAUGUGAAGGAGUGAGAAGCAACAGUAAGUUGGGAGUACCUGUUUAGGAUGUGAACUUGCCCCGUAUGACAAGUAAUUCAGGGAGUGGCAGCCUAUAUCAGUGUGGGGACUUAGGAUGUCAACCUGGGAUGUCAUCCAGGUCUAAGGUUUACAACCAUUGCAGAAUAUGAAGCCACUAUGAAUUAUCCUAUAUGUUAUGUUUUCAUGAAGUGAACCAGGUUAGACUAAUAAGCGUGAAGAAAUGUCAAGAGAUAGGGAGAAUUACCUGUCAAAUUGGAAGGCUCCGAUUCAAGACUUGUGAAGCAAGAAAGAUAGAAAAUUAGAAGGAAUUAUCAAGAAAGUCAGAAAAUAUUCCGGACUUCUGCUUGCAAAAAACAUAUCAAAAUGAAUUCAGGUGAAGUAGAAAAGUGGACCAGGGUAGUUGACAUGUAGCUCUCUCCUUUUGUUUUGGAUCAAGUCUCUUUCUUCACAUUUAGCUCUAGCUCUCUGGGUUUCUCCUCCCGACGACUUCCUAAAAAAAUCUUCGAUGAUGUUGUCCAUGAUUCAGCUUUUUCAUUUGGCUUGGUGAUUUUAUGGGCCAGAUGGGCAUGUCCUGUGAUAGACCGUUAAUUACACAUGUUUUUACCCCUGUUCUUACACCGUUUGAGAUGUGAUUUCUCGUGUUUUAGGCCGAUUUCACGCUAGGUUGUGCUUGUUUGUGAUAUUUCAGGUCCUAGUACGUGAAUGGAGGCUUGGGAGCGAGUUUGGGGUCGAUUGGACGAAGAUCGGGCGCGGGGCAAGUCAAAAAGGAGGCCACACGGGCACACCCACAACUCACACGGCCGUGCAACUCAUAUUUGUGGCCGUGUGAGAUUGUGCGAGAUAAAACACGGCUUGCCCUGAUAUCCACACGGCCGUGUGAAGGAGUGGUCUGGCCGUGUGAGAUUGUGCGAGAGCAAACACGGGCAGAUGGAAUUCCCACACGGCCGUGCGACCCUGGCCGUGUGAGAAGCCUGAAGAUCGAACUAAUUGGAACGCAGCGUUUUGACUCACACGGGCAACUGGGUAUGCCACACGGCCGUGUGCCCCUGCCCGUGUGAGUCGGGAAUUCCUGGUUUUAACCCAAUUCCGGCCUGCAAGAGAGAGAAUCGGACUUUUUGAGCAAAAACAGAGCCCUAGAGAGAGAAAGGACGAAGAACACACCCUAGAAGCUAUCUUGGAGCUGGGUUUCAUCAAAUCAAACUUGGAGAUCGUCAUAGGAGUGGAAAUCAUCAUCCCAGAGCAGAUUCUUCCCAUAAUUAUGAGUAUGACUGCUUUGUAUCUUGUUUUCCUCUCUCUCUCUAUGGAGUAGAACCUCUCUCUCACUUGGGGAUGAAGAACCCUAGUUCUAUGUGUUAGGGAUUGAUUGUAAUGACUUGGGAUGAUAUUAUUGUUUGAUUUUAAUCGAAUGAUGCAUGUUUAUUGAGUCAAUUGAAGUCUGAUCAACUUUUCCUGAUUCCUGUUGCAAUCUGAGAUAGAUAGAAUCUGAUUAGGUUGCCAGAGUCUCAUCAUUCGGUAGUAGGAUAUUGGCUAUACGAGAGUUAGCCAGUUUACUGCUUUGUACUAGAAUCCAAUUCCAGUAGUGGAGUUCUGUUCUUAUUGCUUCAGCUUUCUAUCCCGGUGAAGACUAGUCGUCUGCCGGGUAGUUAGACUGAGAGGGCUUGGUCAGCUUAAGAGAUUCCAAGCUACUGUCGGAUCUUCCGCAGUCUAAUCAACAGUAAAUCAACCCAGGGAAAUACAAUUGAAGCCUAACUAAGGAGCUAGGGGGGCUCAUUCCCGAGUGACUCUUACCUGCUUGAGAAAACCGUAUAAAUUCCUGCUUUCUUUCUGCUUUUGCUUUUAAACAACAAUCACUUACUUUAGUUGGCUAGAUAAUAGAGAAUCACGGAGUAAGCAGUAGAUCUAGACCCCGGGUUGAUAAUAUUACUCGUCACUUUACUGCAUUCCCGGUCUGCGAUUAUACUUGGUCGCAGAUUGGUGUUGUGUUUUGGCGUGUCAAGUUUUUGGCGCCGUUGCCGGGGACCCUCUAGGUUAUUGGGGAAACGUGAGAAUUUGUUACUCUAGCUUUUUAUUUACUGCAUUUCAUCUCUUCCACCUGUGUGCCUUCACGGGUUGUUUCUGCUGAUUGUGUGCAGGUAGUGCAUGACCCGUAGCCAGUCGGGAGAUCUACUACCACUAGACCAGGAGCUUGAACGAACCUGCAGAAACUUCAAGCGGGCUCUAAAGGCGCGACUGGCUGCGGAGGAGGCGCUAUCACAGCUGCAGUUAGAGGAAGAAGAAGAAGAGAUGGCUGAUCCAGGGAACCAUGAUGUGAUCCCUGAGGAGCAAACCAUGGGAUCCUACUGGACCGCUAGAGUUGCGGACAUGAGGUCACCCAUUCAACAUCCUCAUGUCCUAGCCAACAAUUUUGAGGUGAGCGCCUCAGUAAUCACCAUGCUGCGCGGUUCAGUGGUGUUCCGUGGUAAGGAGGGGGAGUGCCCCCGAUCACAUCUCAGGCGAUUCCACGAGCUCAUCGAUGGAAUCAAGAUCAAUGGGGUCCCCGCAGAUGCCAUCCAGUUGAGGUACUUCCCAUUCACCCUGGAGGGGCAGGCCAAGGAGUGGCUAGACACUCGACCUCCGGGCUCCAUCACCACGUUCGCCAACUUGGCGGACAAGUUCCUCACCCGCUACCAUCCUCCGUCGAAGACGGCGGACUUGCAGAAGCAGAUCACCCACAUCACCCAGGAUGAAGAUUAGACCAUCCGGGAUGCUUGGGAGAGAUACAACAGUCUCAUCCUGAGGUGUCCCAAUCAUGGUUUCAAUGAUGCUUUCAAGGUGGGAACCUUCUAUCAUGCCCUCUUCCCGGAGGACAAGCAGCUGAUUGAUUCGGUCUGUGGUGGGAACAUGCUGACCAAAACACCGCCACAGCUGAAUCAACUCUUUGAGGAGAU